CAGGGACUGAGCAUAGUGCAGAGGAGAGAACCCUGCAGCCCUCCAGCUCCAGCCCCACUUGAGAUCUCUUGGUCCCUGCAGCACCAUGAAGAUCCCUGCAGCUGCCCUGGUCGCUCUCCUCCUCGUGGUCACCUGCUCCCCAUCUGAAGCCCAUCUUGAUGGCGUCCCCACUACCUGCUGCUUCACCUACCAGCAGCGCCCUGUCCCACGGGGCCUCAUUGCCUCUGUGUACAUCACCAGCAGCAGCUGCACCCAACCAGGGGUGAUUCUGGUCACCAAGAAGAAGAAGGAGCUGUGUGCAGACCCCCGAGUGCCCUGGGUGCAGGCACACCUGAAGCACUUCCAGAACCUAAAGAACUGAUCCUUCCCUACUGACAACCCCCACCUAGACUUAGCUUCCAAGGACACAAGAGAGGAGUUGAACUGCAGACAUCUUCAGCAAGAAAAUUUAUUCUAUUUAACUUAUUUAAGUUAAACUAAAUAUUUUUUGCUAAGAAAAUGGAAAACCCCCAAAAUAAAAAUUAGG